AUGGCACGGCAUGCCUGUAAGCCACGAGAGCGCCUAUUAGCAGAACUGGAACUAGGCGGAAGUGCAAAGCCCACUUGGCUAUGCCGGUCGCAAGGCACAAGGUGGAGAGCUGUCGGCCGCGCCGUUGACGGUUGUGGUAUCGCUCGUAAACAAGUCCGCAGCAGCUAUUUCGAGGACACGGAUCGACUGUCUGCCGGGGCUGCUCCACUGCCUAAAAUGGGGUCCUUGGGCCCCUAG